AUGUAUAAUUAUAAUAAUAUAUAUUUAUUUAUAUAUUUAUUUAAAUAUUAGACAAUUAAAUAUUGGAUAUUUUUAAUAUUAUAUAUAAUACAAUAAAUACUCUGUAUAAUUCUAAGAAAACUCUAAAAAAUAGAAGAAGAUUUAAAAACUUCUUCAUAUUAACAUUAUAAAUUAAAAUUCGAUUAAAUCUACUAAAACUAUUAAAAAGCCAAAGAAAAAAUAAAUAAAAAAGAUUAAAAUAAAUAAUAAUAAUAAGAAUAAAUGAAUAAUUAAAUAUAAGAAAACCUAUUAAUAACAGAAGAAGAAUAAAGAGAUUAUUAAAGAUAUUUAAGAUGGCGUCCAUAUUAGAAAUAUGAGUAGUCCGAAAAAAAAAUGAAUGAAGCGUUUAAAUAUUACGGCUAUGAUCUCUGUUUAUUUAUUAUUAUAAUAGCCGCUUAUUUCGAAAUGAAUGCAGUUUCACUUUCUCAUAUAAUUUUGGCUAGUUUUUUGGCUAUUUUUUCCUAUAUUAUUAAUUCUAAAGAAAGAUAUAAUCCCAAUAUAUUAACUUUUAUAUAGGUUUUGUGGAAAAUAGUUAAUUAUUGUAUGAUUAUUGAUAUUACUAGGAAAUAUGUCAUUUCAGUUUGGUUUCCAUUAGAAUGGAAAAUUGCAUUUCCUUGGGAAAAUAUUAGUUUUGAUUGCAAUGAGAAGGGUAAAAACAGUUUUUAGGAAAAAGGAGGUUUAAGUGAUUUUUAAAAAUGUAUUAAUGAUUGGACACAUUGGUUGUCUUUAGAGGAAGAAAAUAACCUGCAUUUAGUUUUGGAUGUUAUUAAUUUCCAGCUUAUGGUCAUCUAUGAUAAAUAUUUGGGUGAAAUAAAAUAAUAAGGGGGAGCUUAGAGAGUACAUGAGAACAUUUAAUGCCUUGAUGAACAUGAUUUUACUUAAAAAAAUAGAUUCUAAGACUACUUAAGUUUAUUUUUCUUCGGCUACUUCUAUUAAAUAGCCUUAAUUAUAUUCUUUAUAAUCGGAUGUUUAAAUAACAUAUCAAACUAUACCGAUUUAGUGUCCAUAACUUACCUUUUCGUGAGUAUUUGCAUGCUUUUUAAGACAAAACUUCUACAAAAACGAAAGAACGAUAUUUGGUAGUAUUUACUAUAUUUCAACACUUGCGUAAUGUGUAUUUUAUGCCUAUAUUAAUGCCCAUAUUUUAAAUGUCCAGUAGAAUAUCCAUCUAAUACAUAUUAUUUAAACGCAGAGGAAUGCCUAAGAGAACAAAAUAAGAAUAGAGGAUAAUUUUAUAUAUAAAAAGCAGUUUAAGAAGAUUUUGAGGAAACUAACGAUUUUUAUAUUUUAUUUUCUCAUAUUUUAGGCUUUAAUAAAAGUAGGAAAUUUAAUUUUGAUCUUUCAAAGGAAACUAUGAUGAUACUAUUCUUUUUUUUUGGACUAAUCUAAAAAAAUAUCUGGAAUCAUCCAUAUACAAUAUUUUAUAUAGAUCCUUAUUUCAAAAGGUAAAUUGAAGCACAAAAAAUUAAUGCUGCUUAAUUAGUAGCAUAGGCUCAUUUAAGGAAAAUCAGAGACUUUUAAAAAUUAGGAGUUUAAAAAAGUGUAUAUGAUUCUAUUUAGUAAAGAGUAGAAAAUAAAAUUAUAAUAUGGAGUAGAUAAUCAUAAAUAAAUAAUAAUGAUAUUUAAAAAGAAUAAGAAUAAUAAUUAUUAGUAUAAAAUAACAUAAAUGAACAAAAAGAGGAUAUUAUUAAUUAAUAAAUUAAAGAGAAUAAAACAAUAUAAGCUGAAUAAAUAGUAUAAAAUUAAGAAGAAAAGAACUUGAAAAUAAAAAUCUUUAAAAAAUAUUCUAAAAUUAAUAUAUAGGAAUAUCUAAAUAUCAUGAAAUUUUAAAUUAAUUAUAUGAAAUAAAAGUAAAAUAUAAAUACAUAACAGUUACAUAUAUACAAAUUAACAAAUAAAUUAAUUUGUAGAAUUCAAAUUAAUAAACAUUUAUAAAUAAAUAUAAUUUUAUUAUAAAAAUAUAAAUAUUUAUAAUUUUAUAUAUAUUUAUUAUUAUAUAUAUAUAUAUAUUUGUAAAUUUAUAUUUAUAUAUAUAAUCUAUAUUAUUUAUAUAUACAUAUAUUUAUUUUAUAGAGAAUUGAAUAUUAACAAUACCUUUAAAAUAAAUAAAAAAAAAUUGACUAAGAAAAACAUGAAUAAGAAAAAAAAAAUAUAUAUAAAUCUGAUGAAUCCAGUGUUUUAUAUAUAUCAUCUUCUAAUGAAGAAAGUAGUGGAGAUGAUAAAUCAAAUAGUAAAUCUUAAACCAAAAAUAUAAGUAUGCAAAUUAAACUAGCUAAAGACUUCAUUAUAGAUUUAAUAAUAAACAUAUUGUCGACUUCCUUAAAAGAAGCAGACUAAAUUUAUAUUUAAUAAUUAAAAAUGUAACGAAACCUGUCUUAAGUACUAAUUCUAAGUCUUUAACACAAUUUCUAUAUAAUAUGUUUAAUUUUAUUUAUUUUAAAUGUAAUAAUGAACUCUGAUCUAAUAUCUAUUAUAUACCCUUUAUCAUUUUUUUUAUAUGCCCUAUUAGAGUAUUAUUUUAUUCCAAGAAUUUACUGGAAAAUAAUGAUGUAUUAUACUAUUUUAAUUAUAUCUUUAAAAUUCCUUUAUUAACUACCCGUUUUUUGCGGAUCUCCCCCAUAUACAAUUUUUUUCUUUAAUAAAGAUUCAGAAUGUCUAGCAUAUAAUGUCACUAUAGAAUAAGUCCGAUAAAGAAUCGAUUUUUUUAUUGGAAUUAAAAAAUAUAUGGGCCCGUCUUCAUAUCCUUAAAACCAAGGCUUUUUCUGGGGAAUUAUGUGGGACUAUCUUAUACUUUUGGCGCUUUUUAUAUAAAGGAGUCUUAUGUAAAUUGAGGGCAAGUGGAGUUAUAUGUACUUAGAUAAACAUUAAAUGUUUAUUCCUUAGUUUAGAGACCCUUAAGAAGAAUAUAAUAACUUCAUUAAAUUAAAUUAAGAAGGAUAAGAUGUAGAAUUCGAAUAUGCAGGAAUUUCAGACAUUACAUUUAAUUCUUAAAACAACUAAUAAAUAGUACUUUAAUAAUUAUAAUAAUAAUAAUAAUAAUAAUAAUAAUAAUAAUAAUAAUAAUAAUAAUAAUAAUUAUAAUUAUUAGAUUUUAUUGAAUAAGAUGGUUAACAUUAACAAUAAAAUUAAAAAAAAGCAUAAUACUCCUCUUUUAUGUUAUUUUUCUAUAGACUAUUCCCCUUUUAUCUUUUAGAUAAACUCGAAAAAGAUUAAUUAGAAGAAAAAAAAUUUUUAAAAAAGUUAUAUACCCUCGAAUCCAUUCCUUUAAUAAAAAAAGAAGAGCAGGAGGACCAAAAACAAUAUCUUAAACCCGGAAAAAACUACUACGCCCACUAAUUUGUAUCUUCUUUUAUAAUACUUAUAUAUUUUAUAAUUUUCUACCCAUAUAUGAUAAGGACUUCUCCUUCUGGAAAUUCCGGAAUUUCAUAACAAUCUCGUUUUUCUAGUGAAAUAGUGAUAAUAAUGAUAAUAAUAAUAAUAAUAAUUGUUUUUGACCGUAUUUUAUAUAAAAUUCGCCGAGUCCAAUUUAAAAUAUCUUCCUCUGAUUUUUUUAGUCAUAACUCUCUUUUAUUUAAGCUCCUUCUCCACUUCUUUAUUACCUUAUCUACUCACAUAUACUUAUUCUUUAUUCUAACCUAUUAAACUCAUUUAAGAUUCAAUGAAAGCCUUUCCCUUGUAUGCUGUUAUAUUCUCAUAUGUAUAUAUUUAUUUUAUUCUUCCUUAUAAAUUAAAUAUGGUUACCCUUUAUAGUCUGUAGGCUCUAUUUUUCAAAACAACACAGAUUUAAUAUAUAGAAUCUGCUUUUUAGUGUAUAAAAGUCUUCCUUUUUUAUAUGAAUUGCGUUCCGUAAUCGACUGGACCUUCACUUGUACUGCUUUGGACCUUUUCUAAUGGUUCAAAAUGGAGGAUGCUUACCAAAAUUUAUACUCUGUAAAAGCAGAAAUGAAUACUCGGAAAGAAUUACAUUAAUUUGGCUAAAAAAGGCCUUUUAUGGAAAAAUGUUAAUAUGGGUUUUUGCUUUUAAUAAUACUUUUAAUAAUCAUUCUUUUGCCAAUAUUCCUGUUUUCGAAUUUAAAUCCGGCAGUGGAAUUAAAUAAUUUAACUUCGGGAACUUAUUUAAUCGAAUUACAAGUCAGAAACGUAGAAAAAGAAUAUAACAUUAAACUUUUUGAAAAAGGAAGUGUUUAAGUAAAUGAUAUGACCGAUCCUUAAUUUGAUAUUUUCCAAAAUACAUUCUAUGGUGUUGAAGAUUUAUGGAAGCAAAAAAUGUAAGUGAUUAAAGUCGAUUCAUUAUCAGAUUCUGCAUUUAAUAUAAAUAAGCCAAUACUAAAUGACUUAAAAUAAGUAUUAUAAAACGAAAAUGUGUCUAUAUUCUUAUAAAUUCAAUGGAAUUUCAGAAGACCAAAACCGGAAGGUAAAGAAGUUGUUUUAGGCAAAAAAGAUGUAAAAAUGAAUAAAGAUUUUGUAAAGAAAUUUAAGGUUUUGAUCAAUGAAAUGUACGAUGAUCAUAAUAAUAUUAAAAAAAUUCCCUAAAAUAAAAACUACGAAUUCCCCCUUAUAUAAUUUAACCCGAUUUUCCUUUAUAUAACAGACGGAAUAUCUGCCGUUUAACGAAGUUUUGAACCAAUAGAUAAGUCUUAACUAGAAAAAUAUUAUUUGAAAAAUUAAGAACUUAUAAACGAUUUAGAUGAAGAAGAAUAAAUGUAAAAAAUUAAUGUAAUGUAAGAACUUGAUUAUGAUAUUGUACCUUUUGAUUCAAAAUCAGAUGCUGUAUCUUUCAUGACUAUGAGUGAAAUGGCUUUUUCAUCUAUUUUAAGGGCUAUGAGUGAUAAUUUAAGUUUAGUAGGAAUUUAUUUGACUGUAGUAUUAACUGUAGGUAGAUUUUUAAGACUAUAUUUUGAUAAAAUAUCAAUGAGAUGUAUAUGGGAAGAAUUACCAAAUACUUAAGAUUUAUUUGAUUUAUGUGAAAGUAUAUAUAUUGCUAGACUUGAAACUGAUUUAUUUAAAGAAGAAAAAAAUUAUGAACUUCUUAUUAAAAUUUUAAGAUCUCCUGAUAUUUUAUUAAGAUUAACAGGUGAUUCUUUAUAUAAAUAAUGA